GGGGAUAAAGCUAAAGCAGCAGAAGUAGAACGACGCUUCUUGCGGUGGAUCCAGACGAAAGAAAGAAAGAAAGAAAGAAAGGAAAUGGCCACGCCGACAGUCAAGGUGUACGGACCACCCCUUUCAACCGCCGUGUCGAGGGUCUUAGCCUGUCUCCACGAAAAAGACAUUCAAUUCCAACUCAUUCCUGUGAACAUGUCCAAAGGGGAGCACAAGAGCCCCGAUUUUCUGAAGAUUCAGCCCUUCGGGCAAGUGCCAGCAUUUCAAGAUGACGACAUUUCCCUCUUUGAGUCCAGAGCGAUAUGCCGUUACAUUUGCGAGAAAUACGUGGAUAAGGGGAACAAGGAACUGUUCGGGACGAACCCAUUGGUAAAGGCGUCGAUAGAUGAGUGGUUGGAGGCAGAAGGGCAGAACUUCAAUCCACCAUCUUCAACUCUAGUGUUUCAGCUGGCAUUCGCUCCUCGAAUGAAAUUAAAGCAAGACGAGGGAGCCAUCAAACUCAAUCAAGAAAAGCUCGCAAAAGUGCUCGAUGUCUACGAUAAGAGGCUUGCCGAGAGCCGUUUCUUAGCCGGAGACCAUUUCUCUCUCGCCGAUCUUUCCCAUCUUCCUAACGGACACUACUUGCUCGCUGCCACCGACACUGCCCCGCUCUUUACUUCUUCUAGAAAGAACGUGUCCAGGUGGUGGAAUGAGAUCUCCAACCGUGACUCCUGGAAAAAGGUCGUUGAAUUGCAGCGAAGUGCUUGACUUCACUCUUGUCUGUGCCCAUCCUUUCAUUUCUUUCAACUACUCCCAUGCUUUUGUUGUUUUAUAUUUUGCCCAAUCUUCAGAUUUGGAAAAUUAUGGUUUCCUUUAUUUGUGUUGGAUUUGGAUUCCCUAAAUCGGAAAAGCUUUCCUGUUCAAUAAAAAUCAGUUAGUAAUGUUUU